AUGGCAUUUGCGGAUUGUAUUAGGCACGUUGUGGAAAAGCAACUGUAUGCCAAAUUGAGCAAAUGUGAGUUUUGGCUAAAUGAGAUAAAGUUCUUGGGUUAUGUGAUUACCCGAGAUGGAGUAGCAGUAGACCUAAGCAAGGUAGAGGCCAUGUUGAACUGGGAAUGGCCCAAGAUGGUAACUGAGGUGAGAAGUUUUCUGGGACUCGCACAGUACUACAGGAGGUUUAUACGGGAUUUCUCACGGAUUGCCCUACUGCUGACCAAGCUCAUUUGGAAGAAUCAACCGUUUGAGUGGGAUGUAAAGUGUGAAGUGAGCUUUCAAGAGUUAAAGCAGAAGUUGACCUCGACUCUUGUGCUGAUAAUGCCUGAUCCUACGUUACCUUAUGUGGUAUAUAUAGAUGCAAGUAAGCAGGGAUUGGGAUGUAUGCUAAUGCAGCAGGGUCGAGUGGUCGCUUAUGCCUCACGACAGUUAAAGACUCAUGAGGAGAACUAUCCCACACACGAUCUUGAGCUGGCAGCGAUUGUCUAUGCCUUGAAGAUCUAG